GAGGGGUCCGUGUUUGGGUGUGGCGGGGGGCGCCCGUAAUCUGAGCCUCGGAGCCCCGGGGGAUAGGAGCCCUAGCUCCAGUGAUCGCUCAGUGGCCUCUUCUAUACUCAAGCCUCCCCAAGCCGCAGUCAGCUCGGUCGCAGAUCACUGAGUUCAGACAAAAAGAGGGGUUUUCGGGUCGGGGACGGCGGCUUGGGCGCCUUGGAUUGGGGCAGGGGCUCUCCCUGCGGGGUACUGUCCCCUCCCCAAGUACUCGAGCUUGAGGGCACAGGGGCGGCGGGAGCCAGUGUCUUUACCUCUCGGCGCUGGGCUCGCGCUCCGUCUGCGGGGGCGGCUGAUUGGAGAUCUUCGGCGCGCACUCCCCCCCAAGAGACCCUAUUCGUAGUCCUGUCUUUUGGGGGCAUCACUCACUGCUCUUAAUGUCCUAGACGACGCGCGGCUGAGUCUCCCCCCCCUUUUGGAGGGGGCGGUGGCCACUUCUACAUUUCCCCUCAGGCUCCUCGCCCCCGCUGCCCGCGGGGUGUCUGGCGGGCAGAUCAAGUUUGACCUUUUUUUUUUUUUCGUCAGAGUAUCACCCCCGACCACCACUGCACCCCGCGGCCUCUCUCUCCCUUCCUCACUAGCCUUAGGGAGUCUUUCAGCCUGUCUCCCGAGCCCCGCGUGGCCAAGCAGCAUGCAAAGCCAGGGAGGGAAAAUGGGGGUGUUCUUCUAGCUGCGGAGCUGUGGGAGAGUGAAAGCACUUCCACGUGGACACCCGACCAUGUACCUGCGCUGAGGGGCAACUCCCACCAGGUCUCUCUGUCCUGGGCGGCAGGACCCGGGUGCUUGUCUGUGGACCCCCCGCAGUUGGCAGGCUCCCCCGGCAGCGGGGUCCGGGCCUCGGCCCCACCAUGUCGAGCCUCAGCAGUAGCCCCCAGGACACCGGUGGCAGCGGCAGCAGCAGCACCAAUGGCAGCAGUGGCCCAAAGGCGGGAGCGGCAGACAAGAGUGCGGCGGUGGCCGCUGCUGCGCCAGCCUCGGUGGCAGAUGAUGCCCCACCCCCCGAGCGGCGGAACAAGAGCGGCAUCAUCAGUGAACCCCUCAACAAGAGCCUGCGCCGCUCCCGCCCCCUCUCCCACUACUCUUCAUUUGGGGGCAGCGGCGGCAGUGGCGGUGGCAGCAUGAUGGGCGGGGAGUCAGCCGAAAAGGCGGCUGCAGCCGCCGCCUCCCUGUUGGCCAACGGGCACGACCUGGCGGCGGCCAUGGCUGUGGACAAAAGCAACUCUACCUCAAAGCACAAAAGCGGUGCUGUGGCCAGCCUGCUGAGCAAGGCGGAGCGCGCCACGGAGCUGGCGGCCGAGGGACAGCUGACACUGCAGCAGUUUGCGCAGUCCACGGAGAUGCUGAAGCGCGUGGUGCAGGAGCACCUACCGCUGAUGAGCGAAGCGGGCGCCGGCCUGCCCGACAUGGAGGCUGUGGCGGGUGCCGAAGCACUCAAUGGCCAGUCCGACUUCCCCUACCUGGGCGCCUUUCCCAUCAACCCAGGCCUCUUCAUCAUGACCCCCGCGGGCGUGUUCCUGGCUGAGAGCGCGCUGCACAUGGCCGGCCUGGCUGAAUACCCCAUGCAGGGAGAGCUGGCCUCCGCCAUCAGCUCCGGCAAGAAGAAGCGGAAACGCUGCGGCAUGUGUGCGCCCUGCCGGCGGCGCAUCAACUGCGAGCAGUGCAGCAGUUGUAGGAACCGAAAGACUGGCCAUCAGAUUUGCAAAUUCAGAAAAUGUGAGGAACUCAAAAAGAAGCCUUCCGCUGCUCUGGAGAAGGUGAUGCUUCCGACGGGAGCCGCCUUCCGGUGGUUUCAGUGACGGCGGCGGGAACCCAAAGCUGCCCUCUCCGUGCAAUGUCACUGCUCGUGUGGUCUCCGGCAAGGGAUUCGGGCGAAGACAAACGGAUGCACCCGUCUUUAGAACCAAAAAUAUUCUCUCACAGAUUUCAUUCCUGUUUUUAUAUAUAUAUUUUUUGUUGUCGUUUUAACAUCUCCACGUCCCUAGUAUAAAAAAGAAAAAGAAAAGAAAAAAAAUUUAACUGCUUUUUUUGGAAGAAGAAGAACAACAACAACAACAAAAAACAAGAGGUAAAGACGAAUCUAUAAAGUACCGAGACUUCCUGGGCAAAGAAUGGACAAUCAGUUUCCUUCCUGUGUCGAUGUCGAUGUUGUCUGUGCAGGAGAUGCAGUUUUUGUGUAGAGAAUGUAAAUUUUCUGUAACCUUUUGAAAUCUAGUUACUAAUAAGCACUACUGUAAUUUAGCACAGUUUAACUCCACCCUCAUUUAAACUUCCUUUGAUUCUUUCCGACCAUGAAAUAGUGCAUAGUUUGCCUGGAGAAUCCACUCAUGUUUAUAAAGAGAAUGUUGAUGGCGCCGUGUCGAAGCCCCUCUGUAUCCAUUCAUGCGUGUGGAGCUGCCGCUAGGUGCUCACAGCGCGGGAGGGGGCAGCCCACCUACCCCCGGGGCACCCAGGGGCCCCAGAAUGGGAGCCCCCCCAACCCUAACAGUGAUGAUUUUGCAAAAAUGAAAGUUCUGUUCAUUUAUCCAUUGAGAUCUGGGGAGCCCAUGUCUCUAUUUCUGAUCCUGGCUACUUACCUUAGAGAAAAUAAGUCCUUUUUUCUGGCCUUACUGAUGGCAACAGAAGAAAGGACUUCCCUGCGUGGCCCCCUGCCGGUGGAGGUGGGUGCCCAGGGCCCCCCUGUGGCCUGGGCCCCCUUGCUCAUGGCCAGCUUCCUGCUGAUGAACAUGCUGUUUGUAUUGUUUUAGGAAACCAGGCUGUUUUGUGAAUAAAACGAAUGCAUGUUUGUGUCACGAA